AUGCAAGGACCAACUGCCGGUGCUGUGCUCAUGAAAUGGAAUAUUGCUGAAGACAAGCAAGGCGUUGCGGCCAUGUGGGAUGUCCAUUUCCGCAUUGGUGGCGCUGCGGGCUCGCACCUGCAACAGUCUGACUGCCCCAAAUUGACCGGAUCUGUCAAUAAACAGUGUAUGGCUGGCGCGCUCAUGCUUCACAUGACUGUCGAGUUGUCCGGGUACUUGGAAAAUGUUUGGGCUUGGGUUGCUGAUCACGAGCUUGGUGGUGGCCCUAGCCAAACGCAGAUUGACGUAUAUGUCGCAAGAGGAAUUCUGAUCGAGAGUUUUACUGGCCCUGUCUGGCUGUACGGCACGUCAUCGGAGCAUUCGGUACUCUACCAAUACAUGAUCCACGGCGCACGCAAUAUUGUGAUGUCAAUGAUUCAAACCGAAAGUCCAUACUAUCUACCUGAUCCGCAGGCACCUGCGCCGUUCAAGGACAGUCUCAGCUUCCGAUCGGAUCCCGAUUUUUCGGAGUGCGACCCUUCGAACCCUCACUGUGCGGCCGCCUGCGGUCUGUCCAUCAUUGGCUCGACCAACGUCCGCGUAUACGGCGCUGGCUUGUACAACUGGUUCCAAAAAUACACGCAGCCAUGUGUCGACACGCAAGACUGCCAGCAGCGCGUGCUAAGGGUAGAAAAGAGCGGCCAAAUUUUCCUUUACAACGUCUAUACCAUUGGCACGGUCGAAAUGAUAAACCAUGCCUCCGAUAAGCCUGUUCUGGCCAAGGCAAACACCAACACCAACAUUCAUCCUUAUACUUCUGUGAUGAAUGCUUGGCUCCGUGCCUCGACCGGAGAACUAUGGACGAUGAAGAUGAAGACUAUGGACGAUGAAGAUGAAGACUAUGGCACUCCAACUCCAUGCACUCGAAUUUACGACACGAUCGAGGCGAUUGAAGCGGCGUACUACGAUGACAUUCCCGACGCCGGCGUCAAUCAGUAUCUGGCCAAGGCAUUUGCCACAAACCUGACCACCACCAGGGAUAAGUGCAACGAGAUUAUGAAGGAUGGCUACGCAGGCAAGUUCAAGAUCUACCACGACAUCAUCGAGACAUAG